AUGUCCCGUUACGUUACUGACCACAUUUCUAGAACGGCCACGCCUGAUGAGGAUUGUGGGGACCAGAUUGGUUACGAGACCCCACGAUCUGGUAUAGCGACCCCCCAACCCGACCUUCACGACAAGCGCCUGCCUGGAAUUAUGAGCUAUUUCGGCCAGGUUCGUCAAACUCAGUCUCGUUCUACCUCUAAUACCAACAACAUGCUUUCCUCCUCCCCCUUUACUGCGAUCCGCCCGCCCCUCGAGGGUGCUCUGCCUUCCGUUGAAAACUCAGCGCCCACCGCCGAUCAGCGGUCACGAUCUCCGUCGCAUUCGCAGUCGCGAUUGUCUCCAGCGCUGGGUUCGGGAGCAUUGUCUCCCAGCGACAGCAGAAACGGAAAGUUCUCGGAUGCUGAACUUCUCGAACCCUUGGGCGCCCGAUCGCAGACUGCACGCGGGGGACACAGCACGCAAGGUGCCCAACAUGAGAACAAUCCAUACCCAACGCCCCCCACUUCCACACCAUCCUCCGGCCACAAGUCGCUCGAGCAGGAGCGCAAGAUCCCGUCUGCCUCAAGCACACCAGCCCCUCCAUCCCCACAAUCAACUUCCAUGAUUCCUGACCGGGAAGUAUCUGGGAAGCCGGCGCCCAGCCUAAAACCCGCUGGCGCUCAACCCCCGUCCCAAAACACUGGUAGCUGGUUCUCUCUUGAUGGUAUCAAAGAGCUAACACGUGGUGCCCUGUUCAAGAGCGGUCCACCGACUCCGACCCGAGCCUUGUCCGCCGCACACCCGUCGCAAGCAGAUAAAGGUUCUGUAAGCAGCUUGAGCAUCGAUGGAGCUGAGAAGAGUGGCACCCAGACUCCUCGUGCCUCCCCUUCGACGGGAGGGCAGGCUCCUGCUGCGAAAGGCAAGAUGACAAUCAAAAUUCCUGAAGCGCGAGGGCUGAGGAGCUGUCGGGAUCCUUACGUUGUGGUCGUGUUCCAACGGAGCGAACUCAUAUCUGGAGGGCCCAGGGUAUCCCAAGAGGAGGAUACUCUAAGCGUGACACCGUCAAGAUUUGGUGGUGUCCCCAUCCAGCGCCAGGGUAGUGAUUCGGGACGAACUCCCAUGUCUAUACCCAUGAGGAGCAGGCAAAGCAGCAAUACGAGUAAUGGGGACUCGAAACCGGCGCGCCCCCGCAAUGCGCGAACCUCGUUCACAAACCCUCAGUGGGAUGCAGAGGCCAUCUUCGAUGUUGUCGAGUCCAACAUGUCCGUCGACAUUUCGGUGUACAGCCACACGGCAAGCGGCGACGACUUCCUCGGACACGUCCAAUUUCAGGCCUCGAAAGAUGAGGAGGGUACAAAGGGCUGGUACGCUCUGCAGGGACAUGCAGACACAAUGGCCGAGGAUGCUCCAACUGGCGAAAUCUACGUGGAGUCGAAAUUCCAAAAAUCCGAGAAGAAGCACUACGGGCCCACCGAUUUCGAGAUCCUCAAACUGAUCGGAAAGGGUACAUUCGGGCAGGUGUACCAGGUACGGAAGAAGGAUACCCGGCGCAUCUACGCCAUGAAGGUAUUGCAGAAGAAGGUCAUUGUCCAGAAGAAAGAGGUGGCACACACGGUUGGCGAACGGAAUAUCCUCGUGCGGACGGCCAUGGCCGACUCCCCGUUUAUCGUCGGCUUGAAGUUCUCCUUCCAGACACCUUCGGAGCUGUACUUGGUGACAGACUACAUGUCCGGUGGCGAGUUGUUCUGGCAUCUUCAGAAAGAAGGUCGAUUUGAUGAGCGACGGGCCAAGUUCUACAUCGCCGAGCUGAUUCUUGCUAUUCAGCACCUCCACAACAACGACAUUGUAUACCGCGAUCUUAAGCCGGAGAACAUUCUCCUGGACGCCAACGGCCACAUUGCGCUCUGCGACUUUGGUCUUUCCAAGGCCAACCUCACCAAAAACGACACGACCAACACGUUCUGCGGCACAACAGAGUACCUAGCGCCCGAAGUCCUGAUGGACGAGUCAGGCUACACGAAGAUGGUCGAUUUCUGGUCACUGGGUGUUUUGGUAUUUGAAAUGUGCUGCGGCUGGAGUCCCUUCUAUGCCGAAGACACGCAGCAAAUGUACAAAAACAUUGCGUACGGGAAGGUACGCUUCCCGAGAGAAACGCUCUCGCAAGAAGGACGCAGCUUUGUGAAAGGGCUGCUCAACCGAAACCCGAGACACCGUCUCGGUGCCACCAACGACGCGCAGGAACUCAAGGAACAUCCGUUCUUUGCGGACAUUGACUGGACGCUUCUGGCCAAGAAGCUCAUCUCUCCCCCAUUCAAGCCAAAGUUGAAGUCCGAGACGGACGUCUCGUACUUUGACCCCGAGUUUACGACCGCGCUCGACACGAAUGGCUCACUCAACGAGCGAGCGGCGGCCUUGGCGAGAGGGUACGCGGCUAGUACUCCGCUGUCUCCCUCUGUCCAGGCCAACUUCCAGGGGUUCACAUUUGUGGACGAGAGCGCGUUGGAUGACCACAUGCGUGAUCGCCCCGUUCGGGAUGACGAGGAGAUGGAUGAUGCCAGGCGCAGUGAUGAUGACGACGACGAUUGGGACAACCUUGACGACAUCGACCCUCGAAAGGCCAACAGGAUGAGCGGCAUCAUGAAGUCAGGUCCACACGAUGAACAGAUGGUGGGAGGGUCGCAUUUCGAUAUGUAAUAGCUGCCUAUCUCUCAUAUUCUGUACAUCCUUUCAUCUCGGCGUUUCGUCUUUCCUCAUCGCCAAGUCCCUAUCCUGCGCACAGUUUCAUGUUCUAUUAGAGGGUCUCCCAUACUUUUUUUUUGCAUGAACGGGGGGGUUUGCAUUUUCGAGAUGGGGAAUGGGUGCAUGAAAGCAAUAGGGGACAUGGGCGGCUGGUUCUUCACUGAGUGGCGUUCGAUGGGCUUUUUGCAUUAGUGACAUGAGCAGAUGCGAAUAAGUAGGGUCGUACUAGUAAUCCGAGACUCUUUCACGCAAGUCAACACGAUCAUCGUAUACACACAUGCUCUGCUCGAAGCCUUGCGUAAUCGCAGGACCUGGCUUGUUGAACGUGGCAGGGAGCUCAUUCGUGGCUCCGCCAAGCUUCCGUAUCAUCCCGACAGCUUGAUGCUUAGUGGACUUGGUGUUGUCGAACUU